AUGAAUGAUAAUCAUAAAGGUAUACUUCAGGAGCUAUGUCAAAAACGAAAAGAAGUUUCACCAGUAUACACGAAACCAACGAUCAUCACAGAUAUAGGAGGUAAUUUCUACUACACAGAGGUAACCGUUAACUUUAAAGGACAAAGGUUUACCGGAGAAGGUAAGGCACGCUCAAAGAAAGAUGCUGAAAAGACUGCUGCUUUAAAUGCCCUUCAAUCGAUCUUCACCAUUCACCCAUCUGAAAGAGCAAUCAUGGAGUCAGGCAGUGGAUUAGACUCUAGAAACUCGAGUAGUAGUAGUAGUAGUAGUAGUAGCAGCAGUUCAAGUAGCAGCAGUAGUAGCAGUGGUAGUUUGAGUGGAACAUCACACGAUGCUAUGAUGAAUGAUAUAUUUAUAAAUAAUGGUGGUGUUACUACGCAAACAUCCAAUUGCAAUAGUCCGCAGGCAACUGGAGCGACUGGCGGUUCAUCACCGUCGACUUCCUCCAAUGCAAACAACGCUACCAAUGGAACUGCUGCCGCUGCUGUGAUCAAUCCCAAUAUUCAACAAUCGAGCAAUAUUGGCAGUGCAUACAAUCAUCGUCGUGGACAGGAUCAAACUGAGGUGGUGCGAUUGCAACUGCAGUUGGAACAGUCGAUCAAGACAUUCACUGAGCGCUACAAUCACUUGGAGAAGAAGUACAACGAUCUGAAGGAGUAUGUCAAUCGUAAACACCUGGAAACACGUGACUACAUCGAUCGCAAGCUAAAGAGAAAACCAAAGAAACAAGAACGCUCACCCGUUCUUCAGUCAAACACAAUGGAGGAUUUGAAUAUUUGUGCUGUUGUUGUUACAACACCUGCAACUGCUGUUGAACAACCCGUUCUUAUCACCACCGCGGAACAACCCUCCUCCAACAACAGCAUUACACUCUCGGAAGCAAAUACGACUAAUACUAUUACAGUAUCAGAAUCAUCAUCAUCAUCAUUGUCAUCAUUGUCAUUAUCGUCGUCGUCGUCAUCAUCUUCACCUAAGCAACAUCCACCACGAUCGGUCAUCGCCACCAUUGAACUCGACAAAGAAUUGAUACCGAGUCAGCUAACAUUCUUUCGAUAUCGCACUGUUUUCAGCCAUGGUUUCAAAUCGGAGGAUUUCAGUCAUCUCGACCAAAAGUACAACUUCUCUGGAUUCCUACUGUACAGCGCCAAUCGCUUGCCAAAACCGGUCAUCCACAUCUCCAAUGGCGCUGGCGAGCAUUUCGCUAUUUCGAUGGUUGAGUACGACCGCGAAUCGAUGACACGCGAUGAAUUUGCGCGUAUCGUUACAUUCCACCACUGCUUCUACACCCAGAUUCUCCAGCAGAAACACAUGAAUUUCCGUUCGCCACAAGACCUCUACUUUGUGCCGUUUGUCAAGUGUCUGAGCAAUCCAACACAGAAACUUCACCAAACACUGAUGGACUUGCUGACACACGACGAUCUCAUCAAUGGAAUUCCCUCGUUCUCGUCGGACAAGGAGUUUCACGCCUACUUUGACGAGAAGUAUCUCAACCGGGUGGUGUUGUCGCCACGACCCGACUUUACCAUAUGUCGCGCCGUCGAUCACACCCGACUCUUUGGCUACAACGACCCCAGUGUAAUGUCGGUGCGCGACAAAAGCGGCAACCCAAUCGAGUUGACCAGUGGAAAGUAUCCAUCGAUCAUGUGCACUCACUCCAGCGCCAUCGCCAACAAAGACUACUGGUCACUGCGAACACUCGUCUACUACGACGCCAACGACCAGCCUGAAGAUCCGGCCAAGUGGAACACCGAUGAGUUUGCAGCGAUGGAACCAACGCAAUGGGAGAGUUACAUCCGCAAAGCAAAACUCACCGCCAAAGAUCCACUUGUUCUCCGCGUGUUUGGCAUCACCUCGACGAUGCACGCCGUCGCCAAAGUAGCGAUUCUCCCGUACAUACCAGAGAUUCACUGGACCCUGAAAAUGGAGAAUUUCAAACGACAAUACAUAAAUAUCAACAACCAACGACUUCUACGUGAAGUCUUUACACAUCCAUCGAUCAACCGUAACAACACCGUCCCACCCAGAUCACUAAAGGUAUUCAAAGACUAUCAACUUUUUAAGAGUGAUAAUCAACGAUUAGAAUAUUUCGGUGAUUCAAUUUUAAAGUUUUGUAUUACAUAUUAUUUAUAUUUUUUGUAUCCAAAUGCACCGGAAGGAUUUCUUACAACAAAGAGAAGUGAAGUAACUAGCAAUACCUAUCUACAGAAUAUCUGUGACCAAACUUCAAUCGAUGAUAUUCUUAGACUAGGUCUUUCAAACACAGAAGACUACAAGAAACCGAAAGCAGAUGUUAUAGAAGCAUUGUUUGCCGCUGUCUAUCUCGAGUGUGGAAUCAACGUUGUCUACGAAUUCAUCAUAAACCUACUAUUUAAAAUUGAAAAUGUUGUAUUUCCUACAUAUAAAUGUGAACAUACAAAUGAAACUCCAUUAAGUGAAUCACAGAAAUCAGUAUUAUUCAAUAUGAAUAUAAAUAUUAAAGAUACUUGUUUGUUCCAAGAGGCAAUGAAUUGCAGUAGUGAUCCAAAGAUGAACUAUCAGCGAUUGGAGUUUCUCGGUGACUCGUACAUCGAUCUGGUGGUAUCGGAGUUUCUCUAUCACAACUUCCCGCGCGAACAAGAGGGUUUCCUCUCACAGACACGUGCACUGCUGGUGCGCAACGAGAAGCUUGCCAACACUGCCAACCACCUACGAAUCCGACAGUCGAUCGAUCCCAGCGUUGUCCCGACCACCAAGCGUAUGGGUGACCUCUUUGAGUCGUUCACCGGCUGUCUGCUGCUGGACGGCGGUCUACAAGACACGAAAUCGUUCCUCAUCAAACAUCUCCCGCUCACCACCAACCACGUCAACGAAAUGAUCGAAUCGCACUACGCAUCGAACCGACCAAUACCACUAACCUCACAGGAACCAAUACCAGACUCGAAUCAAGAUAUCACUCUUCCUCUCAAAUUAUUGGAGCAAUACGAAGAGAAUAACAACAAUAAUGACAACAAACUAAGUAGUAGUAGUAGUAAUAGUAGUAGUAACAACAAAUUAAUAACAACAACUACAAUAUUAACAACAAACAUAGAAGAAGAAAUGAUAAUAGAUUCAUAA